AUGGUCUCCGCCACAGAACUCGCCUACUACGCUACCCACCCCACCGAACUGCGCUCCAUAAUUCAAUGGAAGACCUGGCACAACCCUGUUCAUGAGCGCGAUGAGAAGAAAGAGUCGCCCGAGCUGAAAGAAUGCUUCCGACAGCUCGGUCUCACAUCCCGUUCCUUCGCCGCUGUUAUACAAGAACUGCACCCCGAACUUCUCGUACCCGUCACACUCUUUUACCUUGUACUAAGAGGGCUAGAUACGAUCGAAGAUGACAUGACGAUAGCGAUAGAGGAGAAGGAGCCUUUACUGCGGAACUUCCACGAAAUCAUUGACGACGAGCGGUGGACGUACAACGGCAAUGGCCCGCAUGAGAAGGAUCGAGAGCUACUGGUCAAGUUUGACAACAUUACGAAGGAGUUUGUGAAGAUUAAGGAGCCGUACAAAGUCAUCAUCCGGGACAUAGCGAAACGCAUGGGCAACGGUAUGGCAGACUAUGCGAAAAACCAAGAUCUCGAAGCCAACGGCGUGCGGACGAUCAAAGACUACGAGCUAUACUGCCACUACGUUGCUGGUCUAGUGGGUGAAGGUCUCACGCGAUUAUUCGUGGAAGCGAAGCUAGCCAACCCAGCGCUAUUACAACGACCGGAGCUCAUGGAGUCCAUGGGCCAAUUCCUGCAACAAACGAACAUCAUCCGUGACAUACGAGAAGACCACGAAGACAAGCGAUACUUCUGGCCGAAAGAGGUGUGGUCAAAGUACGUCCCCAAAUUCGCCGACCUCUUCUUGCCCGAGAACAGGGAAAAAGCACUCCACUGCCAGUCGGAAAUGAUCCUGAUAGCACUUCGACGAGCGGAUGAAUGUCUGUUCUACAUGGCCGGCGUGAAAGAGCAAAGUGUCUUCAACUUCGUCGCGAUCCCGCAAAGUAUGGCGAUUGCCACGCUAGAGCUCUGCUUCCAGAAUUACGCCAUGUUCGAGCGCAAUAUCAAGAUUACGAAAGGCAGCGCAUGCCAGCUUAUGCUUGAAAGCACACAAAAUCUCCAAGUCGUCUGCGACGUUUUCCGACGGUACGCGAGGAAAAUACAUCGGAAGAACAGUCCGCGCGAUCCUUCGUUCUUGGAGAUCAGCAUUGCCUGUGGCAAGAUCGAGCGGUUCAUCGAGUCCAUCUUCCCAACACAGACCGCUAGAACACUACCUCGAGAUGCGAACGGGGCGAUAGCGAGGAAGAAGAAAGAAGAUGAGGAGACAAAGUGGGAUAUGAUCUACAUCAUGAUCGCGGUGCUGGCGGUGCUGGCGCUCAUAUCCUUCUUGAUGAUCGGCGCCGCAUACCUAGCAGGCGCCCGCUUCGACCUCGCCAUCAGCGCCCUCAAAAAGGGCAACUUCUUCCCGCCUAAGAAUCCGCAGGGAGUCGCCAGUCUGGCCAGUCAAUUCGAGGGCGUCGCCUCGAGCAGUCUUGCUGCACCGAAUGCGGGUCAUAGCGAGUUAUAG